GCAGAGGGACCAUUUCCUGUCUCAGGAUGAAAAAAUUCGCAGGAAUUCGGAGGGAAACAUUUUAGCAGUCAUUAUUGCAAAUUCAGAGUCAGAUGCGCUUAGCGUCACAAGGCAAACUGCGUUAGCGGAAGUCUACAGGGCAUUGGAUCUGACAGGGCCUCUUUCAAGUAGGUAGGACCGGUCUGGAGAGCGCAGUCAGCUGAGAGGAGCCUGGCAUCAUGGAGAAGCUGUCUGCCUUGGUCUUUGUUCUCACCCUGCUGGUUUUCUCCUCAGAAGCCUCCCCGAUUCUGACAGAAAAGCAAGCGAAACAGCUCCUGAGGUCCAGGCGACAGGACAGGCCCAGCAAACCUGGAUUCCCGGAUGAGCCCAUGCGCGAGUAUAUGCAUCAUCUCCUGGCCCUGGAGCACCGUGCUGAGGAGCAGUUUCUGGAACACUGGCUGAAUCCUUACUGCAAGCCCCACUGUGACAGGAACAUUGUCCAUCCUGUGUGAAGGACCUGGGGCCAGCUUGCAAGCACACUGACAGGCGGUGAUGCAGAGACUGCUUGCUGGAACAGAGAGAUGCUUAUCUUCUAUUUCAUCUGAAGCCUUAGACACAAAGUCUUCUGACCUCAAGAACAUGUGGCCCUGAGUGAGCAGGCCAGAAAUUGCCUUGGGGGAAACGAUGAAUAUGUAUCCUGCUCCAUUUUACUAACCCAUCUACAUGGUGAAAACUAACAGCUUGAAGCCCAGGGCUCCUGAAGGCCUUCCUGCCAGUUUGCAAGUGUAGACAGAAAUCCAGUCCUUCCUUAGAGGGGCGGAGCUGGGGGCUGCAGAACAGGCAUGGGGCAGAGCAUCUGUCCUGGGGACCCUGGGCAUCUUGUCCAGAAGAGGGAAGUGCAUUACUUGGGGGCUGCUUCUUCCUUUCUUUGCUGAACUAAUAAAGGCCGGUGCUUAGUCUC